AUGAAGCCAUUCGAAUUAAUAUCGAUUUUCAUUGUUGGAUUGCUGGCCAUAAACUCCAUUACCUAUGCGCAUGAGCAACAAAAGCCUGGUGAUGCCAUUCAGCUCAGCUUGGUUCCUCGCGUGCCAGUCUAUAGUACUGGGACGAGUCAACUUGUUGACACAAAGAGACAUAAGAUCCGUAUGGAUAAAUGCAAGCCCAAUGCAAAGAUGACAAAAAAUCACGAGCGUGAGGCUGAACUCUUUGUGAAUGCCAAGUUUAGAAGGGGAUUAUUGCCCGGAGGUUCUGGCCCAUUUGCUGGCGUGUCAAAUCCGAGCGUUUACACAACGGGAGUUGUUAAUCUUUAUAAUGAUAAUGAGUGGGUUGGUCAAAUUUAUCUUGGUACACCCGGUCAAUCAUUUUUCGUGAACUUUGAUACGGGGUCGGCAGAUCUUUGGGUCCCAUCCAUUGCAUGUCAAGAUGUAUGUAAGAAUCACCGUCGAUAUAAUUCAUCCAAGAGCUCGACUUUCCGCUAUGUCGGAAAGCACUUUCAAAUUAGAUACGCGGAUGGAAGCACAUCCCAAGGAGAUGACCAUGAGGACACUUUGACUAUUGGUAGCCUCAAAAUUCCUUCACAAGACUUUGCUUCCGUUCAAACCACGAGCGCAGCGUUGUCCGGAGAUAUUAUUGAUGGUAUACUUGGACUUG